AAGAAGACCUCAAUGACUGUAGAGUAAAAAGGUAAGAGCAGGCAGAGGCAGGCACUGGCAGGGCCAGGUGAGGUAGGCAGUGGAAUUAAUGGCGAGCAGUCAAGACGGCGGGCCCACCCGCUCCCUUCUCCCUCUUCUCGUUUCACAUCCAUCCCCGUGAGAACAGAGCAGAGCAGAAAGAAACGCUGCCACUAGCGAGGGUAGGAGGAGGGGAGACCGACCACCGGAGCAAGAAGCAGAGGGAGGGGCCGGCCAUGGCCAUGCCCCUCACCGUCGCCGUCGCCGUCGCCCUCGCCGCGCUGCUCCUCUCCGCCGCCGCCGCGCCGGCGCUGGCUCAUACCUCGUCAUGCCCCGACGGUUGGCAAAUCGGUCCUGACCGGCUUAAGUGCUUCAUGCACAUCUCAAGCUCCCUUUCCUGGGAUGGAUCCGAAGCCCUCUGCCGCAACUUCAGUGCCCAUCUGGCUGCAUUAUCAUCAGUUCAAGAGCUGAAUUUCGCAAGGUCUCUCUGUGGAGCUGCCUCCUCCGGGUGCUGGGUUGGAGGGCGUCGCCGCAACACCAGUAGCGGUGUUGUUGGCUGGAAAUGGUCUGACAAUUCGUCUUCUUGGAACGAGACCGCCUUUCCCGGUGAGCCGCUGCAUCCCAAUUGCACCGGUGCUCGCUGCGGUCUAGCCACCAGUGACGAUAUGUGCACCUUGGUGACCAGUAAGCACACUGCACUUACUGGAAAGAAGUGCGCUGAGUCACAUGGACUGAUUUGCAUGAUGAAUCAUGAAGAUAGAUGCUACCAUGAUCACUGCCACAAGGAGUAUUUCAUCGUCCUCAUCGUUGUAAGCGGCUUGAUUCUCUCGACCACUUUAGCUGUUGUGGUUUGGCUGCUCGUCUAUAAGCGAAGCAAGAAAAGAAAAAGAUCACGCGAAGCUUCCGGUACUUCAGCUACCGCAUUAGUGCCACCACUAUGGAAAGUGUUCAACAGUGAAGAACUUAGAUCGAUAACCAAGAACUUCAGUGAGGGAAACCGGCUGCCCGGAAAUGCCAAGACAGGUGGUACCUAUAGUGGAACCUUGCCAGAUGGAUCCAAAUUAGCAAUUAAGAGAUUGAAGAGAUCCAGCCUACAAAGGAAGAAGGAUUUCUACUCCGAGAUCAGUAGAGUCGCAAAGCUUUAUCACCCUAAUUUAGUGGCUGUAAAAGGAUGUUGUUAUGAUCAUGGCGACCGCUUUAUUGUCUAUGAGUUUGUCGCCAAUGGGCCGUUGGAUGUGUGGCUGCAUCAUAUUCCAAGAGGAGGGCGGAGCCUUGAUUGGGCAACGAGAAUGAGAGUUGCCACAACUCUUGCACAGGGGAUUGCAUUUUUGCAUGACAAGGUGAAGCCCCAGGUAGUCCACCGUGAUAUCCGUGCGAGCAACGUCCUUCUUGAUGAGGAAUUUGGUUCCCAUCUGAUGGGGGUUGGGCUGUCCAAGUUUGUGCCAUGGGAAGUAAUGCACGAGAGGACCGUCAAGGCGGCAACAUACGGAUACCUUGCCCCCGAGUUCAUAUACAGGAACGAGCUGACAACAAAGAGCGAUGUCUACAGCUUCGGCGUGCUGCUUCUAGAAAUCAUCAGUGGCCGUCGCCCAGCGCAGUCCGUUGAAUCCGCUGGCUGGCAAACUAUAUUCGAGUGGGCGACGCCUCUGGUCCAAUCGCACCGGCAUCUGGAGCUGCUGGACCCGCUCAUCAACGACUUGCCGGAGAUAGGAGUGAUCCAAAAGGUCGUGGACCUCGUCUACGCCUGCACCCAGCAUGUCCCCUCGGUGCGGCCAAGGAUGUCCCACGUCGUCCAUCAGCUGCAGCAGCUUGAGCUCAAGUCAGCAGCGUCUGAGCAGCUGAGGAGCGGGACCAGCACCAGCGCGACUUCUCCGAUGCUGCCAUUGGAGGUCCGGACACCUCGCUGAAACCGUCCGCCAUCAGAGUUCUAGAACUGCUGCUGUGUUAUUAUCAUCAUUAGCCGGUAGGUAGCACAUUUCCUGAAGCAUGUAGUGACCCAAGAGCCUCCUGUAACCGCAAGCACGACAACUUUCGUCUAGGUAGAGAAGUAGGGUCCUGGAGAUUUAAACCUUCGCAAUGUCAUUGUCAAUUCCUGCCAUUGUCACCGCUGGCCAUUUGUACCCCAGCUGAUUUAUACUUUAGAUCUCACCAUGUCUUAGUUGAAUGAGCAACAUUGUCAGUGUCUGUAGAAGCUGCUUAUCUAUGUACUAUCUGAAUGUUGACAUCAAUAGUUCGUGAUGCAUCCUUUUGUGAA